GCAUACCAAAAUAAAGCAUUUCCUUCGAGGCCACAUCACCACAACUCUCUCAUUCUUUGUUACGAACUACGAAGCGUCUCAAACUUGCACUACAUAAAAUAUGUUUAAUUGCAUCUUCGACAACGGCUCUCACGACCCUUCUUCACCAUAAGGUCAGGCUUUUGUUUUUUGCUGUUGAAUAGUUUGAUUAGUGAUGGUAAGAGUUGAGAUGGAUGAUAUUUAAAGGUUAGAGGAAAAGGUGAGACAUUUUCAGUUUGUGAAGGUUGAUUUUGUGUUGUUUGUCUUGAGGGGUGUGUAAUGGAAGAAGGGUUGCGGCAAAACUCAGUUCCUCCUAGUUCAGGUUUUGUUGAUAAAACUAAGGUUGUAGAGGCAAAACCCCUGCGUAGUUUAGCACCUGUGUUGCCAAAAUCUCUUCAAUCUUCUCUCUCUGGCCGGUACCCUUGUGUGUUUCCUCCGUUUGUUGUGGUUGAGGAAGCUCAAGAGUCUCAACCAUCAUCACCUGCUCCCAUUCCAGCUCCAAUAAAGUCCUAUAGGAACCCAUUAGUAGAAGAAGAAGAAGAAGAAGAAACCCCACAUGGAGCCAAUGGAGAUACUUCUUCACCGAUGGAGGUUCUUGAUGGUUAUAGCCAAAAGCGUGUGCCUAUGAACAGCUGCAAAUCAUCCCAAAAGAGGGGUAGGAAAACUCAGGAGUCACAGUUUGAUUCGAGUUCCUUGGUUGGUGGUGGUAUUGGUGUGGCCCAAAGGGAUGAUGGUGACCGUGAAACGGUUAAUCUAGUGCUCAUGACUUAUGAUUCUCUUCGAAGAAGGCUGUGUCAACUUGAAGAUGCUAAGGAGUUGAACACAACCAUGGCAAUCAAGCGGGCGGAUUUGAGAGCAAGCAAUGCCUUGUCGGCUAAGGCGUUUCGAACAAACAUGAGGAAGAGAGUAGGAGCAGUGCCUGGGGUUGAGAUUGGGGACAUUUUCUUUUUACGGAUGGAAAUGGUUCUUGUGGGUUUACAUAUCCAGUCAAUGGGAGGAAUUGACUACAUGACCACCAAGGAUGAAACAGUGGCUUUAAGCAUUGUUUCUUCCGGAGUAUAUGAUGAUGAAACGGAGGAUAAUGAUGUUUUAGUUUAUAGUGGUCAGGGUGAGAACUUCAACAAGAAAGAUAAGCAUGUGAUUGAUCAGAAGCUUCAAAGGGGUAAUCUUGCUUUAGAUAGAAGUUCACGCCAACAGAAUGAAGUUAGAGUCAUCCGGGGCCUAAGAGAUGCUGUGAACAGAAGUGCAAAAAUCUAUGUCUAUGAUGGUCUGUAUAAAAUCCAAGAUUCUUGGAUAGAAAGAGGGAAAUCCGGUGGUGGUGUAUUUAAGUAUAAGUUUGUUAGAUUGCCUGGACAACCUAGUGCUAUUGCUGUUUGGAAAUCGGUUCAGAAGUGGAAGAUGGACUCGUCUUCAAGGACUGGCCUUAUUCUUGCAGACCUCUCCAGAGGAGAUGAGAGUGUUCCUGUGUCACUUGUCAAUGAAGUUGAUAACGAGAACUGCCCCGUUUUCAAUUAUUUCAAUUCUCUCAAACAUCAGAAACCAUUCAGUUUAGGGCAAUCUUCAUAUGGCUGCAACUGUUACAAAUCAUGUGUCCCUGGUGAUUUGAGCUGCUCUUGCAUUCAAAGAAAUGAAGGCGACUUUCCAUACACUGCAAAUGCUGUUCUAGUGAGUAGGACACAAUUGGUUCAUGAGUGUGGCCCAAUGUGUAAGUGUUUCCCUAACUGCAAGAAUCGAGUAUCCCAGACUGGUUUGAAGCACCAAAUGGAAGUGUUCAAAACAAAAGAUAGAGGGUGGGGACUUCGAUCACUGGAUCCUAUUCGAGCUGGUACUUUUAUUUGUGAGUAUGCUGGAGAAGUUAUUGACAGGGCCAAGGUAAAUCCAUAUGGGGGAUACAAUGAUGACUAUAUUUUUGAUACAAGCCGUAUUUAUGAUCCAUUCAAAUGGAACUAUGAGCCUAGUUUAUUGGAAGAAAUAAGCUCAAAUGUCUCUAGUGAGGAUUAUGCUAUCCCGUAUCCUCUAAUUAUCAGUUCCAAGAAUUUUGGAAAUGUGGCAAGAUUUAUGAAUCAUAGUUGCUCCCCAAAUGUUUUCUGGCAGCCAGUCUUGUAUGCGGAAAACAAUCAAUCCUUUCUUCACAUUGCAUUUUUUGCCUUAAGACACAUUCCUCCAAUGGCAGAGUUAACAUAUGAUUAUGGAUGUUCUGGUCAUGCUGAGGGUGGCAACGCACCCAAAGGGAGAAAGAAAUGCCUGUGUGGAUCAUCAAAAUGCCGUGGUUCUUUUGGUUGAUGUUUUGUUGCAGUUUGCUCAUGGACAAGCAUGGUGCUGGCAAAUGUACUGAUGGCUAAAUGAGGUUUGUGAGUCUAUUGCAUGUUUCCAAAUGCGUUGCUUUUUUCAGAUAAAGGCUCUGUAAUAAAAGCAUUUUUUUAAUAAUGUUUUCUAUUUUUUAAAUUGCUCUGUACAUUAUGAGUUAUGUUUUAUUUUAUCAAAUUUUAUAAUAAAUAAGACAUAAGUUUUAACUUAUAUAUACCAUCAAUGUAAAAUACUUUUGUGUUGACAUCUAAUAAGAAUUUAUCUUAUUGCUAUAUCAUAUUAAUGAAUAGGAUGACAUGGUAAAAAGGUCAAAUCUUAUUGGAUUUCUAUGUAAAAAUGUUUACAUUGACAUGUAUAAAAUCUAGACUCUAAGAAAUAUUAUGGCUUCUCACAGUAAAGACAUGUGAUCUAGAUCAAAUCUGCUGCAUUCUUCAACAUUUUUUGGACACACCGGAAACUCUAGAAAUGUUUACUCUAGUUGUCCAUGCAAAUUCCAUUUUGGAUUGCUAACUGCUGAAUGCUAUUUGACAGAAACAUUGAGCUUUGUUUGGGAAAUAGAAGUAGAGGAAACAAAAAAUAGAUAUGGUUGAGAAUGAAUGUGUAUUAUUUGCCUUUUAAUUUUAAUGUCUCCUAUUUUUCUUAUACUGGUGCUGACACUUGUUUCCCAUGUUUGGCUUAUCAACAAAAUUGAAAUUUUCAUAUUCCAAAUAUUUCUUAGAUGUUCUGCACAUUGACCUAUUUUUGUCAUUCCAUUUACAAAAUAAAGUUAUAUUUUCAUUUCAAAUCUUGUUUGUAAUUCCCUUCUCUUUUUCUUGUUUUGGGUUUGGGGGUUGCUUUGACAAGAAUCCAGCAAACCAUGGCUCUUUAGAAGCUUGAUAACACUUGUGUGAUGCACCCGUUUGAAUGGGGUUACUUUUGUCUCAUAAGUGUAUAUUUUAAACUCUUGCAGGUUUGGAUAAUUUGAUACUAAUAUCUUAUCAAAUAGUAUACUUUUUUCUUAUUUUAAUUUUACCAAGUCUUUGCAUUAAAAUAAAUUAGUUUUAAGCUUAGAUUAUAUAAGCUGCCAUUAAGCUAUUCCAAACUUGCAUGUAUGCUUUUUUGAAUGUAUUGUACCCAUACUCAAGGUUGUCAAUCUCG